UGGGUACAGCAUCGACGAUCUAGAAGGGGCGAGAACGACGACACCAGAUAUACGUCGACCAGUGGAGCUGCAAGCGCCGCACGCGGUGGGUAGCGCCUCGUGUCGUGCAUGCGCGACAUGUCGGAUGGGCAUCCAGAAGAUUGCGCAAUGCACGCGGCAUUGUCCAUCGUGAUCAACCCGUUCGUUCGUGAGGGCGUUUGGACGAAUGCGCCCAGCAUGCGCUGUGAUCGCGACAUGUGCCACCGAUCGAGCUCUUCUUAAUAUUCCAGUCCUUUAGCAGUCGUGCGCAAACGAUGCUUGAGGCUGUCGUGAUGGUUGACAUGGUGCUGGUGCAAGAUGCACAGCAGCAAGUAUAGGUCGUCGUCAAUAGGAGCACUGGUGGGAUUCAUUUUAUUACUUGUAGAAUGUAUGCAGAUUUUUGAAUUUUAUUUUACGCAGCAUCUUGCACGAGUUGCCACACGAUCCGAUCGCCACCGCGGCCCAAGAGUACCAUGGACAUCGAUGAUGAAGUGAUUCGACAACGCCUCUUCACCCGAACUACCAUGGUGGGGAAGUCCAUGAUGAAGCGGACGGCGGACUGCCUCUUCUCGUUCCUCGAUAGCACGGGGCAGCUCGACCGAUACAACGAUGAGUUUCUCGCGAACCCUCUUCCAAAGAAGUCCAAGCUGUCGUCCUUGGGGAAGAAACGAGCGCAAGAAGAAAUGGACAACUUUCUGUGGGAACUCGAGAUGCUGCAAGUCGAAGCCCAGCGCACCAAGCUCCUCGUAUUCACAUGCGAGCGGGAACUCGAGGCGUAUGCGGCGCUCCACGGUGAAAUCGACAAGUCCAUUGUGGCUGCUACAGCCGAAAUCGACCGACUCAAGGGUGUCGUUGCCAACGAGAAGAUCAUCCGAUCGUACAAGGAAGCAUACGAAGUUGCUGCCCGCGUCGUGAACGAAUUCGCUUCUCCGCAGCAGAGCGCAGAGGUCGUCGAAGGUCUCGAGGACCAGCUGAAAUCCUCCAAGGAAGCUCUACAAUCCGUCACAGAUCGAAUUGACGUCAAGUCCAAGGAACUCAUGUUGCUACUUCGCGCCAUUCGCGACCUCCACAGCGACAAUCACGAGAUUCCCGACGAAGGCACCAACGACGCCGCAGAGCACGACGACACCGAGCAUGACGGCGAGUACGAGAGCAAGCACACAGAUGAGCACCAGGAAAAGCGGGCCGCAGCCGAGGCAUCUCCGACGGAAGGUGACGACGGUGACGACGCUCCCAAGGACUCUUCGACCAAGUCUCAUCGACACCACCACCAUCCAGACAAUUCGUCUUAAUGCUCUUUCUCUACAACUUUGCAAAUGUCUUCGUACUCGACUGCCGACAGCAUUCGUCCCCUACACAGGUCAUGGCUGAGUCAUCCCCGUGUGGAGUUGCGUCGGGGUGCCUACUUCUUCGAACCGGACGUGAUCUGCACGGCGGCGGAGUACGCACCUUCAUCGAUCGAGAGCAGCGUGGCGAGCGCUCCACGACCGAGACCAUUGACGAUGCGCACAGUGCCCCCGACGACGGGAAUCACCGUCUCAAGGUCGUCCUACGUUGCCGCCAUCAUGAUCCACACAUUUUUUUCAUGCCAUGCCGCACCUGAUCGACCCGAAGAACGUCCCGUGUCUCGAGCAUGCGAACUUCCGCCACGUAUUUGUCAAGGACUCGAAGAACGACCCCCUUUUGCUUAUAGUACGCGCCAUCGCCGACUUGUUUGUCCAUAACCUUUACAAUGAGCCCUUGAUCGAUCCAGUAGUCGAG